CUGAACUGCUUUGCUUCGGCUCUGAAUCUCUACUCCUCAGUCUUCACUCCGCCGGCGAUCGCAUCUUACCAUGGCCAAGAUCAAGAUCGGAAUCAAUGGAUUUGGAAGGAUCGGACGUUUGGUGGCCAGAGUUGCGCUGCAGAGAGACGACGUGGAGCUCGUCGCCGUUAACGAUCCUUUCAUCACCACCGAUUACAUGACAUACAUGUUUAAGUAUGACAGCGUUCACGGAAACUGGAAGCACCAUGAGAUUAAGGUGAAGGAUUCCAAGACCCUUCUUUUUGGUGAUAAGCCUGUUGCUGUUUUUGAGGUCAGAAACCCCGAGGAGAUUCCAUGGGGUGAGACUGGCGCUGAAUUUGUGGUUGAGUCCACUGGUGUUUUCACCGACCAAGACAAGGCUGCUGCUCACUUGAAGGGUGGUGCCAAGAAGGUAAUCAUUUCUGCCCCUAGUAAGGAUGCUCCCAUGUUUGUAGUUGGUGUCAAUGAGAAGGAAUACAAACCAGAUCUCAACAUUGUCUCCAAUGCCAGCUGCACUACCAACUGUCUUGCCCCAUUGGCUAAGGUUAUCCAUGACAAAUUUGGUAUUGUUGAGGGUCUUAUGACUACUGUCCAUUCUAUUACUGCUACCCAAAAGACGGUUGAUGGGCCAUCAAUGAAGGACUGGAGAGGCGGUAGAGCUGCUUCCUUCAACAUCAUUCCCAGCAGCACUGGAGCUGCAAAGGCGGUUGGAAAAGUUUUGCCAUCAUUGAAUGGGAAGUUGACUGGAAUGGCUUUCCGUGUUCCCACUGUUGAUGUUUCCGUGGUUGAUCUCACUGUGAGACUUGAGAAGAAAGCUACUUACGAUGAUAUCAAGAACGCUAUCAAGGAGGCAUCUCAAGGGGCCAUGAAAGGAAUUCUUGGUUACACAGAAGAUGAUGUUGUCUCGACUGAUUUUGUGGGUGACAGCAGGUCAAGCAUUUUUGAUGCCAAGGCUGGGAUUGCUUUGAAUGACAAUUUUGUGAAGCUUGUCUCAUGGUAUGACAAUGAAUGGGGUUACAGCUCACGCGUUGUUGACUUGAUCUGCCACAUGGCUUCACUUAAAUGAGUGAUUUUGGGGUUGUGUAACUCCAUUGGCGUAGCAUGAAGUUUAGUAGCAGUACGUUUUCAUUUUUAAGGUUAAAGAAGUAGAGGGAAUAAUGCAUUUUGAACAUUUUUAAGUUAUGCUUGUUUUCAAAUUUCAGUGAUGACCUCUCUAUUU